AUGCCGGGGCACGGGGAUUUGGACAGGCAAAUAGAGCAAUUGAUGGAGUGCAAGCCGCUGUCAGAGGUGGAGGUGAAAACUCUCUGCGAUCAGGCGCGGGCGAUUCUGGUGGAGGAAUGGAAUGUGCAGCCGGUGAAAUGCCCCGUUACUGUCUGCGGAGACAUACAUGGCCAGUUCUAUGAUCUGAUCGAGCUAUUCAGAAUAGGCGGCAACGCUCCAGACACCAAUUACCUCUUCAUGGGAGACUAUGUUGACCGUGGGUACUACUCAGUGGAGACAGUCACACUUUUAGUGGCUCUGAAAGUUCGUUAUAGAGAUAGAAUCACUAUUCUUAGAGGAAAUCAUGAAAGUCGACAAAUCACUCAAGUUUACGGGUUCUACGAUGAGUGCUUGAGGAAGUAUGGCAAUGCCAAUGUGUGGAAGUAUUUCACCGAUCUUUUUGAUUAUCUACCCCUGACAGCACUAAUUGAGAGUCAGGUCUUCUGUUUGCAUGGGGGUCUUUCACCAUCUCUGGAUACCUUGGACAAUGUCCGAGCUUUGGAGCGUAUACAAGAGGUUCCACAUGAAGGACCAAUGUGCGAUCUCCUCUGGUCUGAUCCUGAUGACCGAUGUGGAUGGGGAAUAUCACCACGUGGGGCUGGCUACACUUUUGGACAGGAUAUAGCUGCUCAGUUUAACCAUACCAAUGGCCUCACUCUGAUUUCAAGAGCCCACCAGCUUGUCAUGGAGGGCUUCAAUUGGUGUCAGGAGAAGAAUGUGGUGACAGUUUUUAGUGCUCCAAACUAUUGUUACCGCUGUGGGAACAUGGCUGCAAUACUCGAAAUCGGGGAGAAUAUGGAGCAGAAUUUCCUCCAAUUCGACCCAGCUCCUCGGCAGAUUGAACCUGACACGACUCGCAAGACUCCAGAUUACUUUUUGUGA